AUGGAGCUUGAAUACUGGAUUUUGGACAGCUCUGCUGUCAAUAGCUCCGACGGCGGCUACGAAAACACAUUUACCAAUACCAAAGAAACUGUGCGUUUGGAGAAAAAAAGCCAAAAACUUUUACAGAAGUUGUCCCACUCUAGUGGACCAAAAGUUCAACUACAAAAGGUUAAGACAGACUCCUUGGAACAUUUCCAAUUAGAAGCAAUGCCGCUGAAGUUCACUCCUAAACAAUACAACAUAAGAUGCCUACCAUGGCCUAAAAUCGAGAUUAGCGACAAUCUGCAAAACUUUCAUAGUCCAAAGGAGAAGUUAAAACUUGAAGAUGAAAGCAAAAGGCUAUUCGUCUGGUUAACUGACUUAUCGAAGUCUCAAAUUCAGCAUGAUCCUAUUGCUAGGCGCAAAAACCGAUUACAAGGGAGAGAAAGUUUUAAGAUUAAGUUUGAGUUUUUAACCAGCUGUAUCAAGCAAUGUUCGAAAAUAAAUAGAUGUGAAUUCAUGCCAAGUGUUUUGGGAACUCGUUUCAAGGAAACGCUAAGAGAGAAUAUUCCAAAGACAGUUUCGUUUGCAUUUGGUGAAAAAUUGAAGCUUGAGCACCACUUUUGCAAAACAGCCUCACUCGAGGACUAUAUCCUAGAGGCAACUGAAGUGCCUCUGCUUCCCCGAAUAUCUGCUGAAUUGCUACGAUGGCCAGUUCCCAGCGCCAAUCCAAAUGAACUCGUUUUUGAGAUGCUAAGAUCUCAGCUCUUCGAUUUAGAAUUCAAUAAAUUAGAGUUCUUCAAAAUGGAUAUCACUUGCACACAAAGUAACAAGAGAGCAAAAAUUAAACUACCUAAGAAUUGGAAAAUGUGCAAAUCCGAACUAAAACAAUGGGAUUGGAAUCCCUUCAAGCAAAUCGAGAAAACGGCUAUUGCUGAGAGCACAACCAGGGAAACCAUAGCGACAUAUGCCUUCAACCCCCCCAUUUUUGUGCUUGAGUUUCAUAAGUUCCCAUACAACUCAUUUGAUUUUAUCAAUUUGGAAGAAGAUACCUUCGGAAGUCUAAAGUUCGCCUCAGCGAGCCGCUUAGCUCCAACAAUGACGAAAAAGCCCUCUGCGACCUCCGAGAGAGAGAAAACAAUGGAUUCAACAAUAAAUUCUGAGCAUGAUAAUACUUCCAUGAUUCCUCACAAAAGAUCUUUCAUUGAUGACGAUCUAUUGACGAUUCUUCACUCGAGAAAGAGGAGUAGAAAACAUGACGACCAUUACACGAGUACGCCCUCUCAUGGAGCAACAAUGUUUCGUAUAAUGAACCAAGAAAUGAACAGAUACCAAGCGGUAGGAUCAAGUCCUGUGUCUGCUGCCUUAGAACCUCCGAAAACUCCUGCAAUACCGUUCGAGCCCGCCAAUGACCCAAGAAGAAUUCUAGUUAAUGCUACCAAGAUCAGGGAAAACCAUAAAAUCAUACAAUACCUCAGUAAUGAAACUCAAUUACAGCUAGUGGAACAAGAAUUGCCAUUGCAAUGUGAUUUCAUAAUUGAUGCCACAUCAUGUAUUGUCAUUGUCCAACUCGAUCUAUUCUUCCAGUUGCAAGCAGAUAAGACCAUGUUUUAUGAAAAUACACUUAAAUCACUUCUGAAUGAAUUUAAAACUGUAGUAGUUCUCAUAAAAUACCCAGUGAUAAUUGAUAUAGCAGAUAGAGAUGUCUUUUGGAAAAUAAGACUGUACCUACAACCACCAGAUUUUCAGCUUUUCUUAACAGAAGAAACACCACAAGAAAUUGGAAAGUGGAUUAACAUGCUCAGUAACGAGCCACUCAAUGAUCAACCGCUUGGUUCCCAUCCACUCCUUUUACUCCAUUUUAACAAGUUUUUAGUGCAAGAACUUCUCUCAAAAUACACCUUGAAAAAAAUCUUACUCAUGGCUAUCAAGAAUCAGAACAAAGAGCUGUCAUGUUUGCUUACAGACGCUCAAUUGAAGAGAAUACAGAAACUAAUGGCGCUUGGUUGGUGA